AAUGAAAAUGACAUUAAGCAAGAUGGCGCCGGGCGACAGAGAAAAGUGAUGAGAGAAUAGAACAACAAGCGACACAACUACGUAACAGUGUGCAUUUAUCUGCGCUGUGCGGUUGUUUCGAAACAGACUUUUAUCUUAUCGCCGGUAAACUGCCAAGCACUUGCCGACCGACCCCCGAGAUAGAUUUUUUUAGCUAAUUGUUUGCUAACUAGCCGCUAAAGUAGCUAGCGUUAGCUAACGUUAACUACUGCGGAAGGCGAGUGAGGAGAAAGCGGACUGGCGGCACGAAGUAGAAAUCGACAAGUGAAGUGGGGUUUUUUUUAGACUCAAGCGACCUCUCCGUUGGUACUUUUACUGAGUUUUUACCACCACCAUCCACAGCGAAGCUCUUUCGGGACCGUAACGCUUUACCGCUGAUAAGGAAAGCUGAAAAGACGAGGAAAGGCGUCAUCUUUGCUGAUCUGACGCCAUGGCUCACUCUCCUAUUGAGAGUGGACUGCCGGGGAUUCAGAAUUUCAAAGCAGAUCCAGAGGAGCUAUUCACCAAGCAGGAGAGGAUAGGAAAAGGCUCUUUUGGUGAAGUCUUUAAAGGCAUCGACAAUCGGACUCAGAAAGUAGUGGCCAUUAAAAUUAUCGAUCUGGAGGAGGCAGAGGAUGAAAUAGAAGACAUUCAACAGGAAAUCACAGUUCUUAGCCAGUGUGACAGUCCCUUUAUCACCAAGUACUAUGGAUCCUACCUCAAGGGUACGAAAUUAUGGAUUAUUAUGGAAUAUUUGGGUGGAGGAUCAGCCCUUGAUUUGUUGGAACCAGGUGCCUUGGAUGAAACGCAGAUUGCCACAAUCUUGAGGGAAAUCCUGAAAGGGCUCGAGUAUCUGCACUCUGAAAAGAAAAUACACAGAGAUAUCAAAGCUGCCAACGUGUUGCUGUCAGAGCAAGGCGACGUGAAGCUCGCAGACUUCGGAGUGGCGGGCCAGUUGACAGACACGCAAAUAAAAAGGAACACCUUUGUUGGAACUCCCUUCUGGAUGGCACCUGAAGUCAUAAAGCAGUCGGCCUAUGAUUCAAAGGCGGACAUCUGGUCACUAGGAAUAACAGCAAUAGAAAUGGCUAAAGGAGAGCCGCCCCACUCUGAGCUUCAUCCUAUGAAGGUCUUAUUCCUCAUCCCAAAGAACAAUCCACCUACACUGGAGGGAAACUACAGCAAACCGCUUAAAGAAUUUGUCGAAGCCUGUUUAAAUAAGGAUCCUAGCUUUAGGCCAACUGCCAAAGACUUGUUAAAACACAAGUAUAUCGUAAGGCAUGCCAAAAAGACGACCUAUCUGACAGAGCUGAUCGACAGAUACAAGAGGUGGAAAUCGGAGCAGUCUCGGGAUCAGUCGAGCUCUGAUGAAUCUGAUGAUGAGUCGGGCGACCAGGCGUCUGGAGGUGGUGACUCCGGUAAUGAUGAUUGGAUCUUCAACACCAUCAGGGAAAAGGACCUGAAAAAGUUUCAGAAUGGUGCAGCGCAGCCUGCGGAGAUAGAAAGGAAAGAGGUGCAGGAGAGUCCAAAGAGGCCCAUGUCUCAAAGCUUGUCAGCAAUCUUUUCUCCGCUGUUUUCUGAGUUGAAAGAAAAGGGUGAGGUAAGUAAUGGCAAGCCAGAAGCUGCAGAGGAGCUUCGAGAGGCCAUUUUCCUGGCAGAAGAAACACACCCAGGCAUCUGUGACUCACUUGUGGCUGAACUAGUGCAGAGACUUCAGAGGUUUUCUGUGCCACAUGCAGCCGCCACUCAGUGAGAGGAGCUACCUUCAGCUCUGCUCUACUUUUCCACCCUGGUGGCAGCAGUCAGAUCCUCUCCUCUGACCUCCACAGCCGGGAUGAAGUCUCCCAGGAAGGUCUCCAUCACUCGCUUGCCUGAAGCAAAUCCUGGCCUACUUAAUGUCUGUUUAUAUGCUAGCACAGCACCAGAGGGUCCUAUUCAGGACAGUCAGUGGCCAUUCAGUCAGCUGCCACCUGCUGUAAGAUGUCCCUUCUCAAUACCUCCUUCUCAACUGUUUUUAUUUCAAGAGCUAGCUGUCUUUCUGGAUGGACUCUUCUUUAGUUUUUGGUUUUGGUGAAUUUGUGGCUUUUUUUUCACAAAGGUUUACACUCGGCAUCCUUUUGGAGAAAAAUACCUUGCUUAAUUAAUCGUGUGCAUGUGUGUGUGGCUGUGCGAGAUAUCCUGUGAAACGUGCGGUGAAGAGUGGCGAGUGGGUUGAAGCAUUCUAUUGAAAUCUCAGGUAUCCUGCUUUAAGUGGAUUGGGUCCUGUGGGAGAUGGAAAGAGCUCUAUAGGGUGGCUGUACAGACUUGUAAAUAAGCUAAUUUCUACAGAUUCAUGAAAAAAUAAUGCUGCGUUUGGGUCCACUGUGUACAAAUGGCCAAAUGCAAACAGUGUAGAUAAUGGUUUUGAGGUAAAUAUUUGAGAGACUAAAGUGGCCACAAAUGAGAUUGCCUUGCCUUUGUACUUGUUCUUUUGUAUAUCAGUCUUUGAUUUCUCUCUCUGCUGUUGUAAAACAUUUUAAGUAUUCAUCCAGUGAAAGAAAAGUGGCUGCCCUCUGUCAUGUUGUCAUGUUUUACUCUUGAUUUAUUCCAUAUUUCUGAUUGAUCUUCUUGAUUUCACACUCUUUGCUGUGACUGGAAACGUGUUGGAGAAUGUAAAAGAAAAAUGGCUGGUUCAUUGAAGCCCCGCCAGUUUUUAGCACUGGAUUCUCUGAUUCCAGCGAUGAUUCCACAAGGCCUGAAGUUCUGUGGGCCUCAUUUCCCUUUUUUUUUUUUUUUUUUUUUUUUUUCCCUUGCCGUGCAUUUGGUCAGAUACACCGAGGUUUCGUCCAUUCAUUCCAUUAACAGGGCAGUGCCAUCAUCUAGUUUAUAAAUCAGCAGACUCUCAGUCUUCCUAGGAGCUGCAGUGGUACAACCAUCUCCUCAGUGUACCUGCAGCUUUAAUUGCACUUCAAGUAUAAAAUGCCUUUGACUAUAAACAAAGUAGCCAUAAAACAGUAGCAUGAGACUACAAUAUUUUGCAGGUAUGCAUCACACAAUCUGCGACAAACCUGAAUUCUCACAGCCUGGACUCUGGGGUUGGUCAUGCAGUAUAAUAGUUUGCCUUGCUGUAUUUUUCCAUUCAUGAGAAGUUUUUGAGUGAUGCAGCGAACGCACGCGGACUUCUUGCGCAGUAAAUGACACUGCUCCCAGGUGUACAUAUUAACACAAAGCCAAGAGGCGUUGAGAGACCAGCGGCACUGCUACUACUUCUGACUGUAGUUUAAAAGGAAUGUGCAUGAUAGUAUUAACAGUAUAAAGCCGUUUGGUUGGCCUGAGCGGUAUGUGUUGUAGCAUACUUCUGCAAGAUUGAAGGAAUGUCAAGUCCUGAGCAGAGCUGAAUCAGCCUUAUGGUCGUUUGUGACGAAUGGGAUGAAUAGUAUCGGUUUAAAAAAAAAAAAAUGUUAGAGCAAAUGUUUCUGUUGUGAUUCCUCCCUUUUUUUUUCUUUUUUUUUGUCCUCUCUGGCAUGAAAAAGCAAUGUGGUGAUACUUUAAAAGACAAAUGAUUUUUCCUGCGCAUGAACAAAUGGGUUUGUGUCAUCUAAAAGCCGUCGCUGCUGCUUUUGAGAGGUUUUCAUACGUCUAAGGUGUCGGAAUUGUUUUUGUUAGGGGGGCGAAGGAAAGGGGCAGGUUAGAAGAAAAAUUCCACUCUUUUUUUGAAUUGAUACCACUGAAACAUUCACUUGGUGUCCAGUUUAUUAGGAACAACCGAAAAAUCUGGUGCAAUCUGGCUGAUUUUUAUUUUAGUUUUACUAAAGCCUUCUUGUAUAUUAUCUAUAAUGUAAAGAGAUAUUUGACAAUGGUUGUAGUCAGUGAUUGUAAAAUAUUGUGCUCCACCCUUGAAUGUAAAUAGAAGACAAAAAUUUUAAUUUUUUAAUCUUAACUUCCAAGCAUGGUGUAGCCCAACCCGACUCAUUAUUUGGAUUUUAUUGUGAGGCAUGUCUGAAUCAGAGAACAUAUUAAAUUUCAAAACAAAAAAAGCUUAAGCUCAGUCAGUCCUAGUGGAGAAGCCACUAGGAUGAAACAACUUCAAGGACCUUCAACAAGUCCCUUUGGCUGAGUUGGAAGUUCUGUUUUUUGGAUGGACCUGGAUAAACGACAAUCUUAACAGACAAUUCAAUUUGUACUUUUUAAUAAUGUCGUCAAAGCACAGUCAGCAGAUUAUUAAUAUCAUUAUUUUUAAAGGUUUGCAUCAGAUUGCUCGUAUGUUUCUAAUAAUACGGCCACUGCAUUUUAGGCUAGCUUAGCAAAAAUACUGGAUAAACGGCUUGUGUCUGUGUGGCUGCAACGCGAUCCUUCCACCAUCACUUCGUGUAAGCAUAGGCAUUAUAUGCGUCUUAUUGCAUUCGUACAAAGUCCAAGGUGCAAAAGCGGCAAUUCUGCAAUUUUGUGAGGGGGAUUUCUUGGCAGAAGCAAUAACUUCCUGGAGUCUCUGUUGGUUUCCUGGCAACUGCGCGGAUCAGGAAUAGUUUGGUGUUAUAAAGCAUACCGUGAUCUAUUAGACAGGAAUGUGACUCCUGCUACAUCCCCACUGUAAACGUCUUGUUACACAAUAUAUAACCCUUGCAGUAUGCCGUAUUGUAAGUACUAGUAGCUGGAUUUUAUUAACUUUAGACAGAUCAAGCAGUUUAAUCACUUAGUGCUAAAUAAAGCUAACAGUCCAUUGAGAUUAGAGAUGAGUGAAAUAUUAGGUAAUUUCCCCCAACUGCUUAACUAGACACUGGUUAACUAAAUCAUGAGACAUAUUUCCUUCUCUCCUGUGGGAAUAGGACCCUUCAUUGAAUCUUCUCAUGUGAAAUGUGCCACGGAAGCCCUCUGCCCCAAUCUGAGACGAAUGCAAUACAAUGUGCACCUUUUCCAUGGUCUACUAUGACUUUAUCUUUUUAUGUGUUGCACUUUGUUUAAAAAUCAAAACAAAAAAAAAGGUACUUAAAGCUACAAUAUUAUGUUGCUAAGUUCAUACACAAGUUUCCUCCCCCCCUCCUUUGUGUGUUGUAUGGCAAUAAAGCAGUGUGAUCGCCAGAAGUCACAAGUGGGCAUAUAUUCUAUGAAACUAUUUUUAUAACCCCAAAGAGCAGUAUUAUGUAAUAGAGGGUGUAAAGUUUGGUUCUGUGACGUGUUCAAGUUUCAGUUAACACUGGAUAGCAAUCAUUUAAAAUGCGUAUUUCAUUUUGUGUGACUUUGCUGACAGUUUAUGGUCCAGUAUACAUGUUUGCUAAUUCAGGACAGUGCUGUUUGAGUUAUUGGGAGCUGUCAAAUGAUUAAGGAACAAACAAAAUAAAAAAAUCAGUACAAAUUUGAA